GAAUCUACGCAGCUUCGUGGUCAUCUCAUCCCUCCACUGCUUUGCUUUGUGAUCAAAUACCUAAACUCGGACUCGAAUCCAAAGAAGUUGGCGAAGCUCUUGCUGUAGAUGUCGACGUCGAGCCAACCACAGUUCCGAUACACGCAGACGCCGUCGAAGGUGCUUCACCUGCGGAAUCUGCCAUGGGAGUGCACGGAAGAGGAACUCAUCCAGCUCUGCGACCCCUUCGGCAAAAUCGUGAACACCAAGUGCAAUGUCGGCGCCAAUCGAAACCAGGCCUUUGUCGAAUUUGCAGAUUUGAAUCAAGCUAUAUCUAUGGUUUCUUACUAUGCUUCCUCGUCAGAGCCUGCACAAAUUCGAGGGAAAAUCGUCUAUAUUCAGUAUUCAAACAGGCAUGAAAUAGUAAACAACAAGAGUCCUGGGGAUGCCCCUGGAAAUGUACUCUUGGUUACCAUUGAGGGAGUGGAAGCUGGUGAUGUGAGCAUUGAUGUAAUUCACUUGGUGUUUUCUGCUUUUGGUUUUGUGCACAAAAUUGCGACAUUCGAAAAAGCUGCCGGUUUCCAGGCAUUAAUUCAGUUUAGUGAUCCGGAGACUGCAUCAGCAGCACGGAACGCAUUGGAUGGGAGAAGCAUCCCCAGGUACUUACUUCCGGAACACUUUGGUUCUUGUCAUUUGCGUAUAUCUUACUCAGCUCAUACUGAUCUAAACAUCAAAUUUCAGUCCCACCGUAGCAGAGAUUACACAAAUCCAUACCUUCCGGUGAAUCCUACUGCAAUGGAUGGGGCUAUGCAGACUGCAGUUGGUCCUGAUGGAAAGAAGGUAGAAUUUCAGAGUAACGUCCUUCUCGCUUUGAUUGAGAAUAUGCAGUAUGCUGUCACUGUGGAUGUUCUUCACACGGUGUUCUCUGCAUACGGAUCCGUCCAGAAGAUUGCUAUAUUUGAGAAGAAUGGUGCUACACAGGCAUUAAUUCAAUAUCCUGAUAUACCCACGGCAGCAGUUGCUAAAGAGGCUCUGGAGGGACACUGCAUAUAUGAUGGUGGCUAUUGUAAGCUUCGUCUAUCAUACUCUCGUCAUACUGAUCUCAAUGUAAAGGCUUUUAGCGACAAAAGCAGAGACUACACACUCCCCGAUCUGAGUCUGCUCGUAACCCAGAAAGUCCCGGCUCUCUCAGCAGCUGCCCAGACAACUUGGCAAGAGCCGCUGGUCCAACCGCUGAACUCGGGAGCCGGGACUGCAUAUACAUCAAUGCCCGGUAUUUAUCCCAGCCAAAUGGACCCAACAUCUUUGCCUGUUUAUGCAACAUCAGCUGUUCCUGCAUAUGCUACGGCCUCAUCCCCUUCUGGUUCUGCACGGGCGCCUCAACAGGUGCAGAACCACCCUCCUUAUUACGGUUGAGUACAUUGGUGUUUCUGUUUUUUUUCCUUCUUACUUUGGAACUCGCAAAGUGACUGGCUUAGCCAUGUUUGCUCACAAUGCCCUGAAAACUUGGUAUCUUCAGGUGUCUGAUUUCACCACCGGUCAUGUAAUGUGUGACCGUCCUUUGGCUAUUCGCGUCUUAGUUCUUCGAU